AGCCCAGUUUGGUCACAUUUUCUUGGCGUCGGCUUUGAAUUUCUCGCUCCCACGAUUUUUCAAAAAAUACUUAUAAAAUGAGUUUUUUAAGUAAUAGCGGCACGGUUCACGUGGAAGUUCGCCUCAAAUGGAAAGAUAUACACUUUGCGACAAUUCGCGCCGAUUUGGAGAAGGCCUUGAACUCCUACUUUCAAUCGGCCGCACAUCUGCCAAUGAAUGUGGCCUUCGUGCCCGAGUUGCCUCAAGAUCUGGCCUCAUUGGUGGGAUCCGUGCUGCUGGAGCGCGACAAUGGCGACGGGCGGCCGUUGCAGGCCACUGGGACCAAAUUCCGCUUUCAUUUCUAUGACCCAAAGCCGACGGAGGCGAGCUUGGGCUCCGGAAUCCUGGAUGUAAGCGGCAGUGGAGACGCAGAUGGAACCGCUGGCGUCAUGGCCGCCAGUCAUGUCCUCCUGCCCGCCAACCAGCUUGUGGGUCUGUGGGAGAACCUCAUCUACGAGGUCGGAUUGAAGGAGAAGCUCCUGAAGUUCGCCAUGUCGGCCCUGACUUUCUCACAGCACCGCGUGGACAUCAAUGUGAUUGCCUGCAACCGGCUGCUGCUGCUCCAUGGACCACCUGGAACCGGAAAGACGAGUAUGUGCCGGGCCCUGGCCCAGAAGCUGGCCAUUCGUACCCAGGGAAGCUAUGCGUACACCCACCUGGUGGAGAUUAACAGCCACAGCCUGUUCUCCAAGUGGUUCUCGGAGAGCGGCAAGCUGGUGGCGCGCCUAUUCGGAAAAAUCAGUGAGCUGGUUGCGGACCCCAAAAAUCUAGUUUGCGUGCUGAUUGACGAAGUGGAGUCGCUGGCCUACGCCAGGAGCGCCAUGUCCAGUACUGAACCCAAGGAUGCCAUGCGUGUGGUGAACGCGGUGCUGACCCAGUUGGACGACAUCAAGACCUGUCCCAACGUGCUCAUCCUAGCCACCUCCAACCUGGCGCAGAGCAUUGAUAUGGCCUUACUGGACCGCGCCGAUAUCCGUCAAUACAUUGGGUACCCGGACAUGGCUGCCAUUCGGGCCAUUUACAAGACAAUGCUGGCCGAGCUCAUGUCGGCUGGAAUGGUGCAACGUGAGGCUUUGGAGACGGAGGACGCCGAGGAGGGGCUGCUGACCCAAUUGGCGCUGCAGAGCGUCGGGCUUAGUGGCCGCAGGCUGCGGAAGCUGCCUCUUCUGGCCCAUGCCCAGUACACUAGCAGCGAUCUCUUCGAGGUGGAUCAGAAGAUCAGCCUGUCGGACUUCCUGGACGCCAUGAUGAUGGCCUUGGAACAGCAUUUGAGCGAGCAGCGACUGCUGAAACUGGAGUCCUUGGAGGAAAUCUGAAAAAAAACUGCCAAGCAGACAUGAACAAAAAAAUGAACUUUCUACACCUACACUCUAUGUCCAUCAAAUGCGAUACAUUGUAAACUUCAAUUUGCUGCUAUGAAAAACAAUCCGAGGCUGAGGCACGGGUCCAAUCCCCA